GGCAGCGCGCGGGUCCCGAACGACCGCGGCCAGCGCAGAGUGGCGCCCGGUUCCCGUCUGCGUGUGGGGCUCCCGCGGCCGAGCCUGGCCGCUCCGCGUAGCGCCAUGUCCAAGCCACCUCCCAAACCGGUCAAACCAGGGUCCCUGAGGAUGAAUUCAGUACUUCUCGUCUGAUGAGGCAAGUUAAAGUCUUCAGAGCUCUGUACACAUUCGAACCCAGGACUCCAGAUGAAUUGUACUUCGAAGAAGGAGAUAUUAUCUACAUCACGGACAUGAGUGAUACCAACUGGUGGAAAGGGACGUGCAAAGGCAGAACAGGACUGAUCCCGAGCAACUAUGUUGCUGAGCAAGCAGAAUCCAUUGACAAUCCAUUGCAUGAGGCUGCAAAAAGAGGCAACUUGAGCUGGUUGAGGGAGUGCUUGGACAACCGAGUGGGUGUGAAUGGCCUGGACAAAGCUGGAAGCACAGCCCUGUACUGGGCCUGCCACGGGGGCCACAAAGACAUAGUGGAGGUUCUGUUUACUCAACCGAAUGUGGAGCUGAACCAGCAGAACAAGCUGGGAGAUACUGCUCUGCAUGCUGCGGCCUGGAAGGGUUAUGCAGACAUUGUUCAGUUGCUACUGGAAAAAGGUGCGAGGACAGACUUGAGAAACAAUGAGAAGAAGCUGGCCUUCGACAUGGCCACCAAUGCUGCCUGCGCAUCACUCCUGAAAAAGAAGCAGGGAACAGGUGGGGUCCGAACGUUAAGCAACGCUGAGGACUACCUUGAUGAUGAAGACUCAGACUGAUUCCUCCUGGAGCUGCUUUGAUGCCUAAACUCUUUUUUGCUUUUGCCAUUCCAAACCCUUGGUUGUUUUGCCAGAAGAGUAUUGAUAAGUGUCCUUUUUAUAGUCUGUAUGAACGUGGCACUGUUGCACUGUGACCUGUGAGUCGGCACGUGUAGGGGUGAGUCUCACCUGUGGCUUGCCAACGAGUGAGGAGAUACUUCGCUGUAAACAAUACAUAUAUGUUCACCAGGGUAAAACAAAACAAAAAGAUUAUUUCUAUUUAUCAAGCUAAAGAAAUUUUAAUACUUUUUCUUUUAAAAAAUCAGAUUUUUUUAAAAGUCUUUACCUCAAGGAAUGGGAUGUUUUGAGUGGGUUUUUCAAGGGGGAAAUGGGGGAAAUGCUUAUUAUAAUAGACCAAAAUUCUGAUAGAAAAUUGUCAGCUCUUCUGACAAAAAAUAAACAGUUAAAGAGACUUUAUUAUCUUUUUUUUUUUUUUUGUGCUAUCCCUCAUUGCUGGUAAUUAAAUAAAGCUUUUUAUACUCAGGUAAGAA